AGCGGCCCGUCGCCGGGAACGGCAUCCAGCGAGUGAGAGCGCGUCUCUGACCCAGCAACAUGUCGUCGUCCGGCGGAGACCUGGGCCGCGCGCUCUGCGUCGUCACCGGCGCGUCCCGAGGCUUCGGCCGGGCCGUCGCCGUGGACCUGUCCCGGCUGGUUCGGCCGGGCUCGGUGCUCGUCCUGGUGGCCCGGUCCGUCGACGAUCUGCGGGCUUUGCAGGCGGAGCUGGCCCGGCCGGAGGCAGGCGGAACCGGGCUGACGGUGAAGUGCGUGGAGGCAGAUCUGGCGCAGACGGACGGAGUGGAGAGAGCCGUGAAGGCGUCGGAGGAGGCGGCGGCGGCGGCGGAGAUCGAGCACAUGGUUCUGGUGAACAACGCAGCUUCCCUGGGGGACGUGUCCCGCUGCGCCCAGAGCUUCACCCGCAUGGCCGAGGUGGACUCCUACCUGUCCUUCAACGUGAGCUCGGCCCUGUGCCUCACCGCCCGGCUGCUGCAGGCGUUCCCGCGGCGCCCGGGGCUGCGGCGCACCGUGGUCAACGUGUCCUCGCUGUGCGCCGUGCAGCCCUACCCCACCUGGGUGCUGUACUGCUCCGGCAAAGCUGCCCGGGACAUGAUGUUCAGGGUGCUGGCGGAAGAGGAGCCCGACAUCCGCGUGCUCAGCUACGCACCAGGGCCUUUGGACACGGCCAUGCAAACGGAGGCCAGGUCCACGACAGCUGAUCCCAAGAUGAAGCAGAUGAUUUCAGACCUGUUUGCUCAGGGGCGGCUUCUGAGCUGCGAGGAGUCCUCUGCCAAGCUGAUGAAGCUGCUGCUGGAGGACAAGUUCACGUCAGGAUCUCACGUCGACAUCUACGACGUUUAGACGCGGCCGCCGAGCCGUUUCACGUGCCUUCUUGAAAUUGUGAUUCCGUAUGAUGACAUAUAAGUGUUUUAAUGUGAUGGUCAAAUCACAGACGUAAUGUCUGCUGGUCAGUGUUUACAUUCAGAACAUUCCAAAGCAAAGGGUCAUUUCCUGUGACUGACAGAUGGAACGACAUGAUGACUGUUGAGCUGCUGUUUGUUGUCUGGUGGUCGCUCCAGAUUACAGUAUCUCAUGGUCUGAAUGACCAGAGCUGCUGCUGUGGUGUGAAGGAACUUCUAUUGUAAACAACCCACUUCAAAGAUGGUGCUGAGAAGCAGCGAGGGACAGGAAGCCAUGUGUCAAACCUGGUUCCAUCUACAGUGCAACUGAACUGUACAUUCAGAAAUAAAAGCAAAACUGAUUCCA